CAACAACACAAACAAAAUAAAAAAAUAAUAAUUAAUUUAGUUAGCAAAUUUUUAAUAUUUUAAGUAUUCGCUUUUAUCAAUCGUCUCGCUGCAACGGUUCUUACAGUAGUAGUAGAUCGAGAACUUGUGUUUUGCAAUUUUCAAUUUCAAAUUUUAUGUUAUCUUGAAUCUUUUAAUCCGAGAUUUUCCCGUGAUUUGCUUUUUUUUCUUCGCUGUCAAUUUUCCGUUAGAAAGUUUUGUAUGAUUCAGUUUACUCCACCGAAUCUUUAAUCUUCCGAUUCCCAAAUUUUUUUUUUCUUCAUCGGCCGAAAGGCUUUUUUUUUUUUCUUCCCAGUAUCUUCAAUAGAUUUUCCCAGCGACAUUCUCUUGUCUCUUUUCGAAACUUUCUCGGGAUUUUUUGUUUUCUUUUUUUGUUUUUUCCGUGGAAAGUGACGAAACCAUUGAAGAAACUGUUUCGACUUCCGUUUCCCUCUCCGGCGGUUUCUGAAAUUUGGAUUCGUUGAUUGAUGAGCUUACAAAGAGUUUCGCGUUCUCUUCGCCUCUCUCUGUGAUGGGUUGCGCUUAUUCCAAAACUUGCAUUGGUCAGAUUUGCGCGACGAAAGAAAACAGCAUCAGGCAAACUCAUCAUCAAACUCCGGCGAGAGGCACGAGAGCUGCGACCGCCACUGCGGCGGCGGCGGCGGCGGCUGAGGAGGAGGAGAAUCCGGUGUUCAAUUUCACUUCAGAUGCGGUGGAGUAUGAAGACGACGACGAAAUUCACCAGCUCAGCUUGAGCAGGGACCAGGAAUGGGGAAUCACUCGGCUUUCUAGGGUUUCCGCUCAAUUUCUACCACCGGAUGGGUCAAGGAUUGCGAAAGUCCCGUCUUGCAACUAUGAAUUGAGAUACUCGUUUCUCUCUCAAAGAGGGUACUAUCCCGACGCUCUGGACAAGGCCAAUCAGGAUAGUUUCGCCAUCCACACGCCUUUCGGGAGUAACUCCGGUGAUCACUUCUUCGGGGUGUUCGAUGGGCACGGCGAGUUCGGUGCACAGUGCUCGCAGUUUGUGAAGCGGAGGCUCUGUGAGAAUCUUCUUAGGCAUGGGAGGUUCCGUGUAGAUGCCGCGGAGGCUUGCAAUUCGGCCUUCUUGAGCACCAACUCUCAGUUGCACGCCGACGUAGUUGAUGACACCAUGAGUGGGACGACGGCGAUUACGGUUAUGGUUAGAGGGAGGACGAUAUACGUGGCGAAUGCAGGUGACUCCAGGGCGGUUCUGGCCGAGAGACGAGAAGGUGAUCUUGUAGCUGUUGAUUUGUCUAUUGACCAGACCCCGUUUAGACCUGACGAGCUCGAAAGGGUCAAGCUUUGUGGGGCUAGAGUUCUUACUCUUGAUCAGAUUGAAGGCUUGAAAAACCCUGACGUUCAGUGUUGGGGUACUGAGGAAGACGACGACGGAGACCCUCCGAGGCUUUGGGUGCCCAAUGGAAUGUACCCAGGGACUGCUUUUACGAGGAGUAUUGGCGAUUCUAUCGCAGAGACGAUUGGGGUUGUUGCUAACCCUGAGAUCGCUGUGGUUGAGCUCACACCGGAUAAUCCUUUCUUUGUGGUUGCUAGCGAUGGUGUCUUCGAGUUCAUCUCUAGUCAAACUGUGGUUGACAUGGUAAGGUUGCAAAACAUAAGGAUCCUCGAGAUGCUUGUGCUGCGAUUGUUGCUGAAUCAUAUAGGCUAUGGCUACAGCUCGGAAUCUCCUUCCACCUUUGGAUGGAACUCUAAAAACCAACGUGUGAGGCAUGAUCUGUCUCGUGCUAGAAUACGAGCCAUUGAGAGCUCACUAGAGAACGGACAUGCUUGGGUUCCUCCAUCUCCAGCCCAUAGGAAAACCUGGGAAGAAGAAGCACACAUUGAGCGGGUUUUACGUGACCAUUUCCUCUUCAGGAAACUCACUGAUUCUCAGUGCCAUGUUUUGCUGGAUUGCAUGCAGAGGCUUGAAGUGAACCCAGGGGAUGUUGUUGUGAAACAGGGUGGUGAAGGUGACUGCUUCUACGUUGUCGGCAGCGGAGAAUUUGAGGUCCUAUCAACUCAGGAUGAAAAGAACGGUGAGGUUCCUAGGAUCUUGCAGCGGUAUACAGCUGAGAAACAAUCAUCGUUCGGUGAACUCGCCUUGAUGCAUAACAAGCCGCUUCAGGCCUCUGUACGCUCUGUGGAUCAUGGAACAUUGUGGGCCUUAAAAAGAGAAGAUUUUCGAGGAAUUCUGAUGUCCGAGUUUUCCAACUUGGCAGCCUUGAAGCUUCUCCGUUCUGUCGAUCUUCUUUCGCGUCUUACGAUUUUGCAACUAAGCCAUGUUGCAGAGUCUCUUUCCGAAGCUUGCUUUUCCGAUGGACAAACGAUAGUUAACAAGGAUGAAAAACUUGAGGGAUUGUAUGUUAUCCAGAAGGGACUCGUGAGAAUUACUUUUGGUACAGAGAUAUUGGAGAGUCCAAAUGUUUCAAGCCUUAAAACUGGGAUCACUAAAGAUCAUGAGAAUCCUGAAACCGGAACAGAAGUCUCCAUAGAAAAGCAAGAAGGGAGUUACUUUGGUGAAUGGGCUCUUCUUGGCGAACUCAAAGACUCCUUAAGUGUAGUCGCAGUGGGCGAAGUGGUCUGUGUGGUUUUAACAAAAGAAAAUUUCGAUUCAGCGGUUGGCCCUCUGACCAAUCUUUCAGACGACAGUCACAAGUCGAGACAUUCUUCGUUUGACAUAUCGAAGGAAUCUGCAAAAGUUACUGAUACCACAGCUCUUGCUAAAGCCACUCUUGCAGACCUGGAAUGGACAACAUGCUUGAGUUCAACAGACUGUAGUGAGAUCGGGCUCGUGCAUUUGAAAGAUAAGGAAAACUUGCUUAGCUUGAAAAGAUUUUCAAGGCAAAAGGUGAAGAAGCUAGGCAAAGAGGCACAAGUUUUGAAAGAGCGGAAUCUGAUGAAGAACGCAAUAAAGCCUUCUGCUUUUGUUCCCGGGGUCUUGUGCACAUGUGCUGAUCAAACAUAUGCAGCCAUAUUACUGAACACAACCCUUGCUUGUCCUUUAUCUUCACUGCUUCAUUCUCCCCUUGGAGAGCCAUCUGCCUGUUUCAUUACCGCCUCACUUGUGUCUGCCUUAGAAGAUAUACACAAGAACGACAUUGUCUACAGAGGUUCGUCUCCCGACUUGCUGAUGUUGGAUCAGUCCGGGUAUCUACAGAUUGUAGACUUCAGAUUUGCGAAGAAACUGUCUGGGGAAAGAACAUUCACAAUUUGCGGAAAUGCAGAUUACUUAGCCCCAGAAAUUGUUCAAGGCAAAGGCCAUGGUUUUGCAGCUGACUGGUGGGCACUUGGAGUUUUGAUCUACUAUAUGCUACAAGGCGAGUUGCCAUUUGGGUCAUGGAGAGGAAACGAGCUAGACACGUAUCAGAAGAUUGCCAAAGGCCAACUAACUUUCCCUCGAGCUCUAAGCCCAGAAGCGGAAGAUCUCAUCACUAAGCUGCUUGAAGUCGAUGAAAUCCUGCGGUUCGGGAGCCAAGAAGGUACUCAGUCGAUCAAGAAACAUCCAUGGUUCAGUGGACUCAACUGGAAAGCGAUUAGUGACCGUGAGUUUCAAGCUCCUCAAGAGAUAAUCUCGCGCAUUCAACACCAUCUAGAGAAUGAUACGGUUCUUCAUCUAGAGACUUCCCAAUCGCUGGACACAACAGAGGAUCAAGAUGCUCAAAACUGGCUUGAAGAUUGGUAAUACAAUUCGGCUUUUUUUUCCUUUUAUAUUCUCUGUUUUCUCGUCAAUUCAAAUUUCCAGGGUCUGUAAACAGUCAUUGAUAAACUGAAAAAAAAAAAGACAAAGAGAGCCUUAGAAUAUCUUUAAACCUUGAUAAACUUGAGAAAGUUUAGGAUCUUUUGAUUGUGUGGUGUAAAUAGGUGUAUAUGUUAGACAAUGGCUGAAGAAGAUCAAUCACCAUCACCUCCAGUUUUGUAUGUCUCAUUUCUGUUUUUUAUCUUUUUUUUUUUCCUUUCCCAAUGAGCUCUGGUUUUAAGGAGUUCUCUGAAAAAAGAUUUCAAACUUGAAGAAGGAAGAACAUGCAGUGGAGAUGUUAACCAUAACGAUUCAAAGUUAUGAAAUUUUCUUCAUAAAGAAGACAAAUUUUGGUGAUAAUUUCGGAUAAUUAUUAGUUAGGAUAUAUAAAGACAUUUGUAGUUAACAAUGUGUGUAAUUUACAAUCUCAC